ACAGGUGCCGCGAUGGUGACGUCAUCGCCGCCCCUCUGACGUCAUAGUCUUCCCUCUGACGUCAUGGCGGUGCCGGGGGCGUGGCCGGCACGGGGGGCGGAGCCCUCGGACAGCAGCCCCGAGCCCCCCUCCCCCUCCAGCUCCCGGCCCCCCCUCUCCGACUCCAGCCCCUCCCCCACCGAGACCACGCCCACCCCGCGCGGGAGGGGCACAGGGGGCGGGGCCAGGUCUCGCCCCGCCCCUCCCAAUCCUGGCGGGGUGGGGGGGGAGCGGCCCCUGGCGCUGUUUGAGGAGGAGCUGGCCACCCGUCCUCGCGUGCUGUGGGGGCGACCUGAGCCCGGACAGCGGCUGGAACACAGCCCUGAGCCCGGACAGCGACUGCGGCACCGCACAGCCCCGUACAGCGCCCUGAGCCCGGACAGCGACUGCGGCAUCGCACAGGUGAGUGACACACCUGGGACAGACAGCGACUGCGGCACCGCACAGGUGAGUGACACACCUGGGACACACCUGGGACACCUGUACAGCCCUGCGCCCCGAAGCGACUGGGCGCCACACCUGGGACACACCUGUACAGCCCCGUCAGCCGAGCUCGACAGCGGCACCCGACAGAUGCUGCUGACUGCCGUGUCCCUGAGCGCCGUGGCCACCAACGGGCUGGACCCCGGGGGCGGGGCGCUGUCGCUGCUGUCGGGGGCGCUGGGCCCCGAGGCCGGCGGGGCCGUGGGGGUCUGCGGCUUCCUGAGCGCGGCGUUCACGUGCGCGGCGGCGGCGCUGGGCGGGGCCGAGCUGCUAUUGGUGUACCUGAGCCCCGGCUGGGCGGUGCUUCCUGGGCGUGGCCGCUGGGGCCGCCUCAACAACGGGCGUGGCUACGGGGCGGGGCUGCUGGCGCUGCUGGGGGCGGGGUCUCUGGCCCCGCCCCGCGUGCGCGCGGUCGCCGCCCCCUUGGGCCCCGCGGGGCUGCUGCUGGCGCUGCUGGCGCUGCAGGCGGGAUGCUAA